AUGCCCGACAAACCCCUCACCAUCGCGACCUACGCCGCCGGCGCAUCCUUAGCAGCCAUCACUCUCGUCUAUGUCUUUGGCCCCACCUUUAUGCUCGACGAUGAAGCCGCUCAAUCCUCGCGAUCCACCCGCAAGAGAGGUGUUGUUGGCCUCGUCAAUCCCGCCAAUGACUGCUUCAUCAAUUCAGUCUUACAGACCCUGGCCGGUCUUCCCGAACUGCGCAUCUACCUGAUCCGAGAACUUCACCGAAGAAAGCUGGAUGGAAAAGAAAUUUACUCGAUUGUCGAGCAACUGGAAGAUGAGAUCUCACCCAACGAGAGCAAGGAUAUUGUCAAGAUGAACGAGACGAAAGAGCCAAGCUGGAAAGUCUUGGGCCUGCAGCAAGGUCUCGUCACAGCUGGACUCAAGGAUAUCCUGGAUGCGCUUAACGAGCGACCCAUUUACAAGAAGACCAUCUCGGCCCGCACAUUUGUUAGUGUCAUGGAGACUGCUUUCAGGACGCGCAUCAGUCGACAACAACAAGACGCUCAAGAAUUCCUACAAAUCGUGGCUGAAAGGCUGAGCGAGGAAUACCACGCUGGAAGAAAUGCCCGAAGAAAGGCCAGAUCGCUCAAGAGUCCUACAAAAUCAGAGAUUGAGCAGAUCCGUCAGAGCGUGCAUCAAUCACCACAUGCAGAAGAUGACGACUUGCAAGACGACCCAGGCUUUCCCUUUGAAGGAAAGAUCGAGGCACAGAUUGAAUGCAUGACCUGCCAUUUCAAGCCCAAGCCCUCAGUAUCUGGCUUUGUUACUCUCACCCUCAACGUACCACACCAUUCUUCAACCACACUCAAUGCAUGCUUCGAUGGUAUGCUGAAAGUCGAACACAUUGAUGAUUACAAAUGCGAAAGAUGCCGACUGGAACACGCCAUCCAGCUCAAGACCAAGGAAUUAUCACGCGCCUCGGAUGACCAAACACGCAACCUCCUUACUCACGAGAUCUCCGCCCUUGAACACGCACUCGCUACAGAUCCGGAAGCUCUCCCAAAGAACAUCAAAUUGCCCGAUCCAUCUCUAGCCCCCAAACGCCGUAUCUCACGCCACAUGCGCAUCAGUGGCUUCCCCAAAGUCCUCGCCAUCCAUUUGUCGCGAAGCGUCUGGGAUCCUAACUCCAGCAGUAGCAAGAACAUGGCCAAAGUCAGCUUCCCGGAAACACUACCUUUGGGCGGAUUAUUAGAUCAACAUUCUUACCGUCUUUUGGGCGUGGUAACGCAUAAGGGAGGUCACAACAGCGGUCAUUACGAGAGUUUCCGACGUCAAUAUCUUGCAGAACCAUAUAGUGCCAAACUAAGCAUGGGUACACAAGGCAUGUACUCGGCGCAAGGAACACCAAGAGCAAGUGGCAUGCCCAGUCCCAUGCUCGAACCUACUACCCCUGGUCUCACACACUCGCCCUCGAGCAGCGGUAACAGCACAUCCUCGCGUUCCUCCUCGAAAAAGCGCUUCUCCCUCCGCCAUCGUCAGAAAACUGCAGACGGUACCAGCGACGAAAAAAGCACACUCAGCAGCAGCAGUGAUGCCGAAACACCUUUACCCAACCAAUCACACAGGAAAAGUCUUGAUCUCAGCAGGUUAAAACGGAAACAGAGAAACCAACAUAACAGAUGGUGGAGGAUCAGUGAUGACAAGAUCAAAGAGUCCAAGACUAGUGAUGUGUUGGGUAUGCAGAGGGAGGUUUACCUGUUGUUUUAUGAAAUCAUGGUGCCUGAGGUCUGA